GCGAGAAGCAUGGCCCGGCUCGGCGGCGGCCCGCUGUGCUGCUGCUGGGGGCUCGUCCUCGUAUGGGCGGUGGCGGGAGGUCGAGCAGGGACCUUAGCAAGAUGCAGAAAUGAUGUGACAAGAACCUCAUGAGCUUCAACAAAAGGAAGUGCAAAGUCCUGCAAAGAAGGCUAAUAGUAUCCUGGACAUUUGAAAUGCGCUAUGCAACUUUGUACUGGAAUAAAGCUCAAAAAAUACUUCAGGUCAAGAAUAUACUGGACAGGAGUGGAGAUGCAUAUGGCUUCUACAACAACACUGUACAGACAACAGGUUGGGGAGUUCUGGAGAUCAAAGCAGGCUAUGGCCAUCAGACCUUAAGCAAUGAAGAUAUCAUGUAUGCAGCUGGAUUUUUGGAAGGCUAUCUCACAGCUCCGCAUAUGUAUGACCAUGCUGCAAACAUGUAUCCACAAUUAAUUAAAAAUCCCAGGGUUCGAAGUGGAGUUCAGAAUUUCAUGGCGAAACAAGAUCAAUGGACAAGACAACAAAUCAGAAAUAAUAAGGAUGACCCCUUUUGGAGGCAUGCUGGCUAUAUUAUUGCACAGUUGGAUGGUCUGUACAUGGGAGCCCUCGAGUGGGCUAAACUACACAAGCAAACACCACUGAGUGUCUUUGAUGUCCAGUUUCUGAAUGCAGUUGGAGACCUGUUGGAUCUCAUUCCUGCAUUAUUUGAGUAUUCUGCACGAAGCGGACAGUGCAAUGUCGAAGCUGGAGGCCAUGGGAAAUACCAGUGGGAUAUGGGUCACUGCUCUGCCCUCAUCAAGGUUUUACCUGGAUAUGAGAACAUAUAUUUUGCCCAUUCCAGCUGGUUUACAUAUGCAGCCACACUGAGAAUAUAUAAGCAUUGGAACUUCAAUAUAGUUGAUCCAUACACUAGCACCAACCGUGUCUCAUUCAGCAGUUACCCAGGCUUUUUAGUGUCCCUGGACGACUUUUACAUACUAGGCAGUGGCUUGAUAAUGUUGCAGACCACCAACAGUGUGUUCAACCAAACCCUCAUCAAGCAAGUGGUGCCUGAAUCCCUGUUUGCUUGGCAGAGGGUCCGCAUUGCUAACAUGAUGGCAGACAAUGGCAAAGCUUGGGCAGAAACCUUUUCAAAAUGCAACUCUGGGACCUACAACAAUCAGUACAUGGUGCUGGACCUGAAGAAGGUCAAGCUACAGAAGAGCCUAGAUGAUGGUGCAUUGUACAUUGUUGAGCAGAUCCCAACCCUUGUGGAAUAUUCUGAUCAAACAAAUGUUCUCCGGAAAGGUUACUGGCCUUCAUACAAUAUUCCUUUCCAUCAGAAGAUUUACAAUCUCAGUGGGUAUGCGUCAUAUGUUGAGAAGUAUGGGCUGGAUUUCUCGUAUGAGCUUGCGCCACGAGCAAAAAUUUUCCGUCGAGACCAGGGCAAGGUGACCAACUUAGAAAGCAUGAAGUACAUCAUGAGAUAUAACAAUUACCAGCACGAUCCUUACGCUGAACACAAUCCCUGCAACACCAUUUGCUGCCGAGAAGACCUGAAUCCUUCCUUCCCAGUGCCUGCAGGCUGCUAUGACUCCAAGGUGUCAGAUUUCCGCCUGGCCUCAGCAUUCACGGCCACCGCCAUCAAUGGUCCCCCAGUGCAGGGUGGUCUCCCGGUCUUCACUUGGAGGCGGUUCAACAACACACACCAUCAGGGCCUGCCUGAAUCAUACAACUUCAAAUUUGUCACCAUGAGGCCAAUCUUGUAAAAUCAGCAUUGAUAUUCCAAAAUGGGAUUUUACUUUUUUUCACGGAAACUUUCAUUCCUGUGUGUAAUAAAUCCAGCUGGAUGUCCACAUCCCCACGCCUUGCCUGCCCCUCUCCUGCUCUGUGUGGCACAGCACAUGCUCUGCUCCUCUGGGCUGUCUGGGUGGCCCUUCAGCUGGGAUGGAUGGGAAACAACAGGCGCCGUGCUGCCCUUUGUCCAUCUGAGCAUCAUCUCAGUCGCUCCCAGAGCACGAAUGAACUGCUGUGCAGUCAUAGAAGUGAUCUGUGUCUAGACAUAGAAGCUGUCUCCAGGACUGGUCUGAGCCUCGUGGCUUUACCUCUGUGCUGGCUUCAUGGCUGCCUUUAGUCUGAGCAGUGCUGGCAAUGUGCUGCAAGUUGCUUAUCAGCGGGGAAUGUUACUGUCAAAGAGUCACAGCCAUGUUCUCCAUAGCAGGUAACUGAGCCUUCUUAAUUACAUACACAACAAAUAAACAGCUCUUUCCUCUUGGC